GGCCGGCUUGACAGAUACCUUCAUACUUAACCCUACUUUUAAGCAGCUGAUUAUUUGUUUUCUUAUUGGAAUCUAAAUUUUAACUUAUGAAAAGAUGCUGCCAAACAUUUUUGAGAACAAAGCAGCUCUUGUUUCAGCUUCCAUAGCGGCUUUAAUACCGCUAUAUGCUUGGAAAUAUUUGUAUUCUAGUUACAAUAAACUGAAAUCGAAUUAUGAACGUGAAAAGCUGUUUCAAGAAAGGCACAAUUGUACUGUAAUGUAUAGCUCGAACAGAGGCAUGACUGGAUGGCCCCCUCAUACAGAAAGGCUUAUACCAGAACUGAGAGAUCCAAAUAUGCUCAAGAUCCUAAUCGAACCUGUUUCAUACUUUUUUGCAACAGCAGAGAAAAGUUUGGAUAUAGCAUUGAUGCUGAUAAUUGGCAAGAUUUUUUUUGCUGAGAUUCUGGGUGCACAUAGAAGGGGCGUUAAAGUUAGGCUUAUUCUGAAUUAUGAUCAUAUGGAUUCAACAUUACCAGAAAUCAGAGAGUUGAUGAAGGAGGGUGUGAAGGUGGCUCCUUACAUAUCUCAAAGAGCAAGUCUCACAAGCAUAAUGCAUUAUAAAUAUAUUGUGAAAGAUUAUUGCGAGGAGACCGAAACAGGGUAUACUUUAACAGGGUCUAUGAAUCUCACAAAUAAUGCAUUUCUAGCAAACUAUGAGGACCUCACCAUUUCUUCAGACUUUGCAUUGACAAAGUUAUUCCAUGAAAAUUUUGAAGAAUGUUUCGAUUGGAUCUCGAGUGAAAAUGAAAACUUAAUCAAUAAAACUGUUUUGCUAGAUGCUAAUUUAGAUACAUUGUAAAUAGUAGGAAUUUUGCAUCGUGUUAUAAAUUGUAUUAUAUUGACAAUAAUCAUUUAUUGGUGCUAUUACACAAAAAUGUGUAUCAGAGUAGAAUGUAAAACAGUAAGUAAAAACGUAAAACACUAAGUGGCAAUAAAAGGUAAAAAAUGUAAUAAAACUUAAGUUAAAAUUUAGAUGGACAAUAAAUGAAAAAAAUAUGAAUUUCAUAAAUUUGGUGUUUUGUAGUUAGAAUCGGCAACAUGGUCUUAAACUAUAAAAAAGAUAUUCUAAACGUGAAAUAAAUACAAUUAGCUGAAUAAAUUUAAAAGUUCUUUUUAUUAAAAAUUCCAAAUCCUGGGAAGUUAUACAAAUAUCUUAAAGCUCUGUAAAAUAAUAUUUUAUUUAAUAACUUUCAAUCAGACUCAGAGCUGCUAUGUGAAUACUUCUUAUUUCUUCCUUCAUGUGUAUCUUUCCUUUUGCUCUUUUUACGUUUCCUAGAUUCCGAUUCAUCAGAU